GUUUCCGCCGGAGACGAAGGUGUUAUUUGGGAUCAGAAGUAUCGACGGGCAAGCUUUCGUUGAGCUUAAUCGUAAAGUUGACAACGAAUGAUAACCGCAAAUAAUAUUUAAGAUUUAACUCUUCUGUUCGCUGAUUGUCUCUGGAAGAGACGCAGUCAAAUAUUCAGAAUGGAUCCAGCUCUACUGCGAGAGCGUGAGCUCUUUAAAAGGAGGGCGCUGUCCAAUCCUGCAGUAGAGAAGAGACAAGCACCCUCAGAAGCCUCUGGCUCAUCCAAGAAAAAGAAAAGUAAACCAGACAGAGAGUCUUCAUCCUCCAAAAACAGCACAGAUCCCAGCAAUGGCUCCUUCAAUCUCAAAGCUUUGUCUGGAAGUUCAGGAUACAAGUUUGGUGUUCUGGCCCGAAUCGUCAACUACAUGAAGACGCGGCACCAGAGAGGUGAUACUCAUCAUCUGACUCUAGAGGAAAUUCUGGAUGAAACCAAACUGCUUGACAUUGGCAUGAAGCAGAAACAGUGGCUUAUGAGUGAGGCAUUAGCAAGCAAUCCUAAAAUAGACGUACGGGAUGGGAAAUAUGCCUAUAAACCCAAAUAUCAUCUGAAGGAUAAGAAAGCUUUGCUAAGACUGCUGGACAAGCAUGAUCAACUGGGACUAGGAGGAGUAUUACUGGAUGAUGUUGAAGAGGGUCUGCCUAAUUCAGCCAAGGCUAUUAAGGCUCUUGAUGAUCAGAUUAUAUUUGUGACCAGACCGGACAAGAAGAAAAUCAUGUUCUACAAUGACAAACACUGUCAGUUUACUGUUGAUGAAGAGUUUCAGAAGCUGUGGCGCAGUGUCCCUGUGGAUUCCAUAGAUGAGGAAAAGAUCGAAGAGUACCUGAAGAGACAGGGCAUAUCAUCCAUGCAGGAGACCGGGCCGAAGAAAAUGACGCCCAUUCAGAAGAGGAAGAAACCAGGAAAUCAGAAAAAGAGACGGUUCAAGACUCACAACGAUCACCUUAAUGGAGUGCUGGAGGAUUAUUCUGAGGGUGUUCCCAGCAAAAAAUGAAAUACCCAAACUGUAAAAGUUUGAUGUCUGUGUGAUGUUUGUAUAUCUGAACCAUUGUCUUUCUGCCAAAACAACACAGACAUGCAAACACACUUUAGAACUGUAUGUAAACAGACUGUAAAUAUUUUCUUUUCACUCUUAUAAUAUUUUACUUAUUUUGCUAGUGCUUUGGAAAAUGUAAAACAAAGGUUUCUUUUUGUUAGAUUCAAAUAUUAAACAAGAGAAAUCAAACCA